AUGACGUCGAAGCAUCUUUUUAUAAUAUUGUUGGCACUAUUUGGGACAAUUUCGGCUCAAAGUGAUGACGAAUUGCAUAUUCCCGAAGAAAAUGAUAACCAAUUUCCACCUGUAAUACACAAUGAAUUAGAUGUGAGCCCUAAAGAAGGUAGUGGAGCAGAAGAACCUAUUGAAACAACAACUGUAUAUUCCGAUCUGCCACCCAUACUUGAGGACGUACAACUGUCAUCGUCUACUUUAAAUAAUGAAAAUGUACCGACCACUGAUAAACUUAUUUGUCCCACACAAUGUAUUUGUAAUAUAGAAGGAGAUUCGGACAAGUACGUUGUUGAUUGUUCCGAUGGCGAAUUAACCGAACUGCCCCAACCUUUGGACAUUAACACAACGAUACUUAAUUUACAAAAUAAUAAGUUAACUAUCAUACCCAAAGAGAUAUCCGAAUUGAAAAAUUUAAAAAUAUUGAAUGUUAACCACAAUCAAAUUAUGGAUAUAGCACCAGGGUCAAUCAGUGAGCUACCUGAAUUAACAUCUUUGACACUAGGGAACAAUCGAUUAAUGGAAUAUCCAACGGAUUUAAAGAACAGUUUUGGACUAACGAAGUUGCAAGAAUUUGAUUUAGGAGGAAACGACAUGAGAACGGUGUUAAAAGCGGAUAGUUUUACAAUAUUCAAAGCACUACGUACGUUAACCUUACCUUCAGCUACGUCGGAAUUAGUCGAAGAUCUUUGUACGGCAUUGAAAGAUUCUUUAGGAGCUGUAUGUGUAGAAUCCUGCAAAAACAAACAAUACGACUGCCCCGAUGCUCCAGAUAACAUUGACGAUCUUGAUAUUGUUAUACCAGCGUUAAUUCCUUUACAAACGGAUAUUGAAAAGGACGUAGGCUUCAUCAAUAGUACCGUCUCUGAUAUAAAUAAUGAAACAGGAGAAAAUAGUCAAAUAUCACCAGAAACAAAUGUUGAGACCACAACGAUAGUCGCAUCAGCAGGAGAAUCAAUUGCUGAUGGAGCUUUUUUCCGUGCAGCAGUUUCAAACGCAUUAAAUGAAGAAUCAAAACUAACACAAACUGAUGCAAAUCACGUGAAUGUGGAACAAGAGGAGGUUAAUCAAAAAUCCACAGAUACAACGUCGUUAGAAGUACCAAAAUUAGCAGCUACUGAACCAGCUAAACAAACUGAAGCCGAAACGAAAUCCACAGAGGUACCACCUAAAUCAACAAUAGUGGAUCCAAAACCCACAGAGGUAGAAUCGAAAUCAACCGAUAAAGAACCAACAGGGGUUAAGCCGAGGUUGGCAAAAGAAGAGCUAACACAUUUACAAGGGGAACCUAAUAGCAACAUAAUAGACAAAACGGAAAAUGCAACUGUUGGAGCUACGACAUCUAGCGCAAAGUCUGGAGGAGUAGAUAAAAGCAUAAUUGCUAUGGUUGUAGCUGGAAUGGUUCUCGUAGUAGCAGGAAUAACAAUUAAGAAAAAUUGGAGUUCUAUUAGAAAUCGUUUUAGCUCCUCUCCGAGAAAUGCUAAUGACCGAACGGCGAAUAUUACUAAUGGUACUGCGCCCGAAGAAGUUCCUCUUCAGGAAAAAUCCCCUGUGUAA